AUGUUCGCAUCUACCAACCCAAACACACGCUUCGCUUCAUCACGAGAGGCACCCAACGAGAAGCCAGAGAGAGACCCAGACUACGGUGACAGAAUGCCGCGCUUUGAGGGCAUCAACAUGGCAGAAGACCCAGCUGAGAGGGACACUGACACAGGCAACUGA